ACAGAGUGAACAUGAAUGGUAAUUAAUACACACGUUUAGAGAGUAUCUUCGAUUUCGGCCAGUCAUGUGAUCAAUCGAUCGGGGCUAUAAUCCCGUUCAAGAUGGCUGCGGGAGUGCAGUCGAUGUGUCAGUAUUGGAAAGACUUCGAUCUACAAGAACUGCAGAAACAACUAGAUGCAACAGCCACUGAAUUGGCCAAUAGACAGGACGAAAGUGAUGCCUCACGAAAAAGACUCGUAGAACAAAGCAGAGAUUUCAAGAAAAACACACCAGAGGAAUUACGUAAACUUGUGGCACCCCUAUUGAAAAGUUUCCAAGCAGAAGUUGACUCGCUGUCCAAACGAAGCAAGGCAGCAGAAGGAGCGUUCUUGUCUGUGUAUAGAAAGAUUAUUGACCUUCCAGAUCCUGUGUCCGUACUUGAAUAUGCCUCACAACUUCAGAAGAAAGCACAUCGAGUCAGUGAUUUGGAGAUUGAAAACAAACAGCUUCGGGAGACACUGGAAGAAUACAAUCAUGAAUUUGCUGAAGUGAAAAACCAAGAGGUGACUAUCAAACAGUUAAAGGAACGACUUCGAGACUGUGAGGAGAAGAUAGAAGCUACAGCAGAGACGAGGACCAAAGAGAAGGAGAGGGAGUUACAGAGGAACUUUGCAGACAAGGAGCGGCAACUACAAGAGAGUCAGUUGUCUGUGGCACGCAAACUCGGUGAAGCAGAACAGAAGGUGUCCACUCUCCAUGCAUCUUUGGAACAUGUACAACAGGAGCUGUUUGAAGUCAAGUCCAAGUACGAUGAGACGACGUCCGCAAAGUCAGAUGAAAUGGAAAUGGUGAUGGCUGACCUGGAGCGUGCCAAUGAGAGAGCAGCUGCAACAGAACGACAGGUAGAGCAACUACAGCAGCAGUUGACAAAAGCAGUGACACGAGACCAACCAGGCACGACUGAGAGCCUGGUCUCACCCAAUGUAGAGCAGGCUAUGGACAUCCUUCAGCGCUCAAGCCUUGAGGUGGAGCUCGCCGCCAAGGAGAAGGAGAUUGCUCAGCUUGUGGACGAUGUUCAGCGGCUACAGGCAUCUCUGAACAAACUGAGGGAGUCCUCAACCAAUCAGGUGUCUAAGCUGGAGGAAGAACUAACUCUAAAAAAUGAGGCAUUCAGAGUGAUGGAGGAAAAGAUGCGGUCACAGGGAGACUAUGAGGAGGUGAAACGUGAACUUGUCGUGCUCAAAUCCAUCGAGUUUUCCCAAAGGACUGAAGAAUCCGGAGAUGAUAACAAAUCCAAGUCUCUGGAGAUGCUACUUUUGGAGAAAAACAAGAGUCUCCAGUCGGAAAACACUACAGUGAAAGUGGCCAAGAGCGAGAUGUCAGGCGAUUCAACCCCCGCUCUCUCCGAAAAUGCCGAAGCAUUCGCGUCAAUGUUGGGCGAAGAAAUUGCAGCAACAUACCAGCAGCAGCAAAGGGAACAACAACAACAACAACAGCGGGAGCAGUCGCAGCAACAUCAGGAUGUGUCCCGGAUUUCAACCCCCUCCACGCCCUCCAGUGGUAGUGGGGGUGGGGUCGAGUCAGACAAAUCCUCACCAAAACGAACAUUUGAACGAGUACCCAGCAUUCCUAGUUCUGAUGUGUCACAAAUUCCUCCGCCAUCGCCACAGUUCUUCCCUUUUGGAAAUGGACCUUUAAUAUCAAACUAUGUGGGGCUAGGCGGUGUGGUGAAGCAAGAGUCCAGUAACUCCCAGGGCCUUGAUACGGCCCUCGUGGCAAAGACAAUACGGGAACUUUUGAGUAUACACAAUAUUGGUCAGCGCCUGUUCGCUAAACAUGUGUUAGGCCUUUCACAGGGUACGGUCAGCGAACUGCUGUCCAAACCCAAGUCUUGGGACAAACUGACAGAGAAGGGGCGAGAAUCAUACCGGAAGAUGUACCAGUGGGCCACUGACGAUCGCAACAUUCUAAGCCUCAAGGCUAUAUCACCAAAGAAAACAAACAAGGCAGCAACAGCGGCAGUCACCGCGGUAACUGGUGGCAGUGGUGGGAUGUCAUCAUCUGUGUUUAACUCUCUGCUCCCCGUAAUGUUCACAGGCUCGCAGCACCUUGUGCCUAGCGUGCAGCAUGAUGACUCGCACACCGAGGAACGCAUUGCUCAAAUCCUUAAUGAUGCUCAAAAAGCUAUGCAUAUGAAAAAAGCCAUGGAACAGCACCAGGUGGCAUCGGCCAUGGCUAGUAGCAUAUACCAGCAGGAGAUGACACGACUUGCCCAAGUUUCUGACCACCAGGUGGCACUACGCAGUCCGAACUCUGUGUCCUCAUCCAAUCAUGCACAUCACACAUCUCACUCACGGAAAUACAGUAUGGAUGGAGAGCGACAUAGAGACAGUGUGGAAAACUCUGUGUCCUCCAAAGAAAUGGUUGAACGCAUCUACAGACAAGAACUCCUCAAGCUGGCGAAAGCCGCUGAAAGUGCAGGAAACCUUGCUGCCAGCUCCAUGUACCAGCAGGAGCUAGCACGCCUUGCUGUAAAUGUGCAGAAGGAGGACCAGGAGCCUGGUGAGAUACGUCGCUCACACAGUUCGCCAGAGAACAUGACAGUAAAGACCGAGCCUCCAGAUAGUACCUCAGAUGAUUUGGGGGCGGCACAGUUUAACGGUUUCCAGUCUAAUGGGCCCAUCGACCUGAGUAAGCAUAGCAACUCGGCACCAACAACCCCCACCUCUGGCAGCUCCGACAAGUCGCCCUCUGACCCUAUUCAUCAUGCAGGAAGUGCCUUUUUUUUAGUUAGACCGAAGAUGAAUGGUCACGAGAACGGCUACGACAAACCUCGCUUUGGAUCCUACGCCCCAGCAGAGUGUAUAUCGCCACUACAACGCAUGCAAAGCAUUGCCAACUCUGUGAUGUCACGACCCCAUGUGGGCGUGUCCUCUAACAAACCCCUGAGGGCAGUGCUGCCCCCUAUUACACAAGAACAGUUUGACAAGUACGGCACCAUUGGCACAGAGGAGCUGGUUAAACAGGUUAAAGAAACAUUAAGUCAGUAUUCGAUCAGUCAGCGCCUGUUUGGGGAGAGUGUUCUAGGCCUAUCCCAGGGCUCUGUCAGCGAUCUCCUUGCACGCCCCAAACCCUGGCACAUGCUCACACAAAAAGGGAGAGAACCCUUCAUUAGAAUGCAGAUCUUUCUAGAGGACGGUGAGGCUAUCCCCAAACUGGUGGCAUCGCAGUAUCACAUCCCGCCAGAGAAACUGAUGAGAUCGGCCAUUGUCCGUGUACCAGGAGAACAAUUGUCGCCCCUGGAAAAGUCGACCCCUGUAGCUGUCGCGAGCACCCAAGUACCUCCCGACCAUCCCCUUCACCAUCUCCAUCACCGUCAACAGAUCCUCCCACAGCACAGUACCCCUGCCCAAAUCCUCGGGCAACACUACAACUGGGCUUCCUUCUCCUAUCCAUCCUCCAUGUUGGAAGUUGUGGCCAUGACCUCAGAGAUUGACACCUUGGAAUUGACAUCUAGGGUCAAGGAUGUUCUCCAGUUUCACAAUCUUGGCCAGAAGCUGUUUGGAGAGGCUGUGCUUGGGCUUUCGCAGGGCUCAGUUAGUGAGCUCCUGUCUAAGCCCAAACCCUGGCAUAUGCUCAGUAUCAAAGGGCGUGAGCCCUUCAUAAAAAUGCACCUAUGGUUGAGCGAUCCGCACAAUGUAGAUCGCCUCAAGCACUACCAGAACGAAAUCAAAGCCCAGCGCCGGAGAAGAAGCAGUAGUGUGGAUGAUCGUUCCUACGACUCGCCGUCAGCACCCAAACGCCCUCGAGUCUUUUUCAAUGAAGAUCAAAAGGAAAAAUUACGAAUGGCAUACAACCAGGACCCAUACCCAAACCAGAGUACCAUCGAAGGUUUGGCUAACGAACUCAAUGUUGGGGUUAAGACCGUUAUCAACUGGUUUCACAAUCACCGCAUGCGGGCCAAACAACAGCAGCAUGCCGGGAACACACCAGGUCCAGCAUCUGGCUCUAGCUUUAGCGACUUCUCAGGAAAUAUGGUAAAGUCUGAGCCAACUGACGACAACUCCGACCAGAGUGAUAUCUCUAGUAUGUCUGGAGAUGGCAACCAGUUUCAACCCAGUUUCCAGGGCAACGAAGGCUCUGGGCAGUGGUUGUUCCCACAGUUUGAGCCUGUGAACUCCAAACAACCUGGGCCUUUGGAAAGUGAAAGGGAAAAUGGGGAAGAGCUAGAGGAUGACCGUGUUUCUGGUGAGGCAUCUCCACUAUCAUCCAAAGCAUCGUCCCAGGGUGAUGAGGGGAAGGAGGAACAUGCAGGUUCAGGAGACGAGGCCCAGUACAAACAAGCAGCAUUACAGGUUCUGCCCCAGGUGGGUGUCAACAAACGCAAACGCUCCAAUCCCCAGUAUGUGUCUGAGGGGCGGCAGCUGGACAAAACUAAAACCACAACGACAGGGGGCUAUACAACGUGUCUACAAAGUAGCGUGUCGCGUGACGAGGGGGUGGAGGUGAGCGAGGGAGAUGAUACUGACGAUGACCUUGAAAAGGAGAAUGAGGAUGUCAGUAACUCGGGUAGUGUAAAGCCGCGUUACGAGCGGUGUACAAAAAUUGACAAGUUACAAAAGGCGAUUGAGUCGCCUGAUGAAGACUGGGAUGAAUUUGACCGAUCAGCUAGUAUAGAGAAACUUCAAAGCAAUCUGCAGCAUAGCCCAGGUGGGGGCUGGGAGUUCUGAGGCAGUGUGUAGGGGCACCAGACAAUCCUAGGGAUCCCUAUCAACUGAGGCAGUAUGGCAACGUUUAGAGCCACAAUGUGGAGAAGGGCAACAGUUACGGCCCCUAAAGGAGAAGGGCAACAGUUACGGCCCCUAAAGGAGAAGGGCAAAUGUUAUGGCCCCACAAAGAUGAGGGCAAUAGUUACAGCCUCCAAAAGAGAAGUGGCAGCCCUGACUCAGGGCUAGCAUGGAAGCCGCCAAGCCUAUUGGGGUAUAUAGGUAGGGGGGCUUGCCCAGUGCCAGUAAGCCGGGGAGCUAUAGACGUCAAUCUCAGUGAUUCUACAACAGUAUUUCCUGGAAGGGUAGCUUAAUCUAUUUUUAUACAAAGAUACUUUUUAUACCUUUUCACUACAAAAUCAAUGUAUACCUACAGUUACCUGUUAUCUGUGUUGUAGGCUCGUUUUUAUCUGUCACUUAUUACUCUGUCAACGGUGAGUGUAUGUGUGUGUGAACCAGCAAUUUUUGGUGCAAAUAUAUGGAAGACUAGGCUGCUAUGGCUAUAGGCGUCCCACUAGGACGGGCAUGCUCGUGUUCCAUAGGAACCUGCAGUGACAAUGGAAAUGAUUUGGGGCUACCCAGGAUGGAGAGUUGAUAGAUAUUGUGCGGUGGUAUGGUUACUCUGGAGCCGUGGUUGGCUCGCAGCAAGACGAUAACAGUACAUGUGUUCAAACCCUAACACGGUUAGCUCUUUGCUUUAUGUCAUUUUUGUUUAUUCUUUUUUUUUGUUUAUACUAUUUUGACACAAAGAUGUUUCUAUUAUAUACAAUUGUUGUUGAUUAACACUGGUUCUGUAGGCCUGUAUACGGUAGAGGAACGGCCAGCAGGCCGUAGCGUGUUCAGAACUGGUCUUGCGACUGGUCGCGGUAGUGUGUUCAGCGCCGGCUACGGUAGUUGUCUAGUCGCGACGUGUUCAGAGUGAGAGGUUUUGUUGGAACUCUUUAUUAAACAAUGUGUGUAAAAAUACAUAAAUUGAGUGCAAUAUUUCAGGGUUGCAAUGAAUUUGAAACAUUAAUAUGAAGAAAAAAAACAAUUUUGCAAAAAGAAAUUGCUCAAUUUUUGUGGUAGAAACUGUGGACUACACACUAUGACAGCUGACAGAGGGCUGUACGAGAGGUGCUAUAUAUGUGUGUAGACAGUGCUCAGGCACAACAACAUUUUAAUAGCUAAUAGCCAAAGUAUAAGGAAUUAGUAGCUUCACAUUUACACGUAUUCUUGUGCUAGCCAAGUGCGUGAGCAUUGUUAACCGGCUCGGUUGUUGAACGUUAAAGCGAGAGCCGACACCUGUUUUGUAUAUAGUCAGUUGCUCAUGCUCAGUUGUGCAUUUUAUCCGCAGAUUUUUCCAAAAAAAAGGCAUUUUGGACUAUUCUUCAUUUUUUUUUUUUUUUACAAUUAUUGUUGUUGUGUUACAGUAAUGGUAAACCAUUACAUGUAUUUGUGAAUUGAAAGUCUUGUUAAAUAUUUUUAUAUUUGAUUGAUUAUUAGAAUUUUUGCCAAAGUCUGUAAUGUGUGGCUCUACCGGUGGUACGUGGGGCGAUUAGCCAUGCGGUCACCAUUCAUGCUAACUUCAGUAUUUAGCCUGAGGUCGUCAGUGGGCGACGGUCAGUUACCAUUUCACUUCGCCUGUCGGUCAGUUUAUUGUCAUUUUUAAAACGUUUAUACAUAAGACUGUGUGUUUGUGUGAAUGCUGUAUCGGACAAGUACCUAUUCACCUUAUUGUUCCUUCAUCCCUUAGUACCUCAGAUAUCUCUUCUUCUCAAACUAGUACAUUUACGAUCUAGAUCAGUUUACUGAUAGUGCCUGUGGGGAUGGACAAGUCUAAUGCAUUCUGGAUCGGUCCAUUGUUACCCGUCAGGCUGAUCUGGACCUGUCCAUUGUUGUCCAUAGGGUUGAUCUGGACAGGUCCACUGCUGCCUGCAGAGCUGAUCUGGAUUAGUCCAUUGCUGCCCAUGGGGCUGAUCUGGACCGGUCCACUGCUUCUGGAUCAGUCCAUUGUUGUCGUUGACUGAGCUUGACCGGUCUAUGUGGAUAUUAGGUACAUGGGUACAGCACAUCGUGAAAUGAGCGUAAUCAAAUCGUGAUAGAUGUUAUCACAUGACACAAGCACACACCUCAAUUUAAUAGGCAGUUCAGAGUGACCUCUCUCAAAGGUCAACCUGUGAAUGACCUAUGUCAGAGUUCAACUUGAAAAGACCUGUAGCCAAAAUUGACUCAUGGUGGACCUUGUUACAGGUCAACUGAUGAUGACCUGUGUCAAAGGUCAAAUCAUGGCUGUGCAUAGUUUUUGCCCUGUUAUAAUUUUCCCUUAAGUUUACCUUUUAAAUUUGCUAUAAACAAUCAAAUGUUCAUUUUAAGAAAAUUUGUUGAGAAUGUAUGUGCCAUGUUGGCAUAUAACGUUUUUGUGAUUUCGAACUUUUUAAGUACAUUACAAGGCAAAGAAAUGUACAGCUGAUUUGAAAAAGAGGCUUACUUUUUUCCCUCUUUUAUCAAGACACCCUGUCAGUGUUGAAUCUACAAAGUGUAAAUCAAAAAUGUAUGUUUAUGAUAUUUGUUAGGGUUAGAGGCUUCUUAUCGAGGUAUGUACAGUGUACGGUGAUCCGGGUCGUACGCGAUCGCCCACCUCCUUACAGUGUACGGGAGGGUGAUCCGGGUCGUACGGGAGGGUGAUCCGGGUCGUACGGGAGGGUGAUCCGGGUCGUACGCGAUCGCCCAUCUCCUUAAUAGGCUCAGAAUUACCCCAAGUUUGAGGACCUAAUAGUAAAUCAGUUUAGAUUAACAAAGGACAAUCUUUACAGACAACAACAACAAAAAGUCCAGCGUUGAUUUCUUUUGAUUGAUGAUUCUUUUUAACAUUCAAAACUAACCAAACUUGAUUUUUACAAAAAUGAAAGUCUCACUUCACUGCCAUGAAACCUUGGCGUAGUCCGAGGUCAGAAACAUCUACAAUGAUACCCUUAGGUAAAUGUAGAACUGAAAUAAAACGCCUACCCAUAUUUCUACUAAGGCUACAUGUUACCACACUGAAACUGGCACAAUCUAAACAGAAAAGUUACCCUGCAAGAAGUUUCCAGAACACCCAGGUUUAAUGUAUAAGGCCACUUAUAAUAUAUUAGGUUCAUUGUAUGUAGGGAUGCUGAGGCCCCCCAAGUUUUCCCGUCACUGUAUCCUGGCCUCGUUUCUCCAGUGCCUACCACAGAGUCUGUACAUACUUGUGAGAUAGUGAGAUACCACCCUGUGCAAUAGGUAUCUGUUUGUUUGCUGUUUUCAUGUGAACUUUAUAGAUGUAUAGAGAAAUAAGCAUGUUUUAUCAUUAUGUUUACUUAUUCAGUGCUAAUAAAUAAUAUGCAAUGUUUGAUGUGAAAUUUCUCACCCGUCACUUGAUACUUCGUCUGCUUAAAAGGGUGAACUGAAAAAAUAGAGUAUUUAUUCCACGGCCUUCUUUUAAAUAGACAUUUAUUAUGUCACUUGUUUUCAUAUAAUUGUUUAGAAUCUCUCUUAGUUAGAUUUGAACUUUUUUAAGAAAUAAAAAAAAUAAAAAAUCAGAUAAAUUUCAUACUGAUGUGAAAAGUUACACCAAGUCAACGUGAAACCUUGUACUGAUACUAUGUUGUAAAGUUGUAUUAAGAUAUAAUACUGGUAGAGAUGUCGUAAAACAUUUGUCCCCAAUUAGUCAUUUGGCUUAUUACACUGCUGAAUACAACAAAAAUGCAAAUAUUCAGUGAAAGAAAUUUAUCUUUGUCGUUUAACUAACAAAGUGUUCAGAGGCGGUGUGAGAAAUGUUCUCGUCAUUAUUACUGCCAUCGAGGUACAGACAAUUUAUCAUGUUACUUUUAGCAUUUUUGUAAUUAUAAAGAUUUUAACCAAAGAAAAUUUAAUCUAAUGAUGUAGUAGUUGAGAUAUAUAUCUAUAUAUAUAUAUAUGUACAUAGUCGGGUGGGAGUUGUCUCCCCUUUCGCUGCAAUAUUUUUAUGUAGGAUGAUUUUGAUGAUUUUGUAUAUUUUGUUUACUGAAUGUUAACAGUGCAAUUUGUUUAAGUUUGAGUAGGAUAACUUUCCCUGACAUCAAAAAUUGUGUCUGCAGUCUGUCACUAUAUUCCCCUGUUUAUGUGCAAUCCACGUUUAUAGCGUUAAGCCAAAUGUUUUAUCUUAUUUCUAGACAGCUCAGAUUUUUAUCACAAUUGACGCCAAAUUUUGCUUUAGUAAGAUUUUACUGUGGGGUAGGACAUUUUAAAACUUUUUACCUUACCAGUUUGUUCAGUGGUAGAACAUCAACUUUUUACCUUACCAGUUUGUUCAGUGGUAGAACACAACUUUUUACCUUACCAGUUUGUUCAGUGGUAGAACACAACUUUUUACCUUACCAGUUUGUUCAGUGGUAGAACAUCAACUUUUUACCUUACCAGUUUGUUCAGUGGUAGAACAUCAACUUUUUACCUUACCAGUUUGUUCAGUGGUAGGAAGAUCUAAUGUGACAGAAUUAGACUGGUUUUACUACCAUAAACAUACAGGUCCCCGGGACGUGACAUAAUUAGACUGGUUUUACUACCAUAAACAUACAGGUCCCCGGGACGUGACAGAAUUAGACUGGUUUUACUACCAUAAACAUACAGGUACCCGGGACGUGACAGAAUUAGACUGGUUUUACUACCAUAAACAUAUAGGUCCCCGGGACGUGACAGAAUUAGACUGGUUUUACUACCAUAAACAUACAUGUCCCCAGGGCGUGACUGAAUUAGACUGGUUUUACGACCAUAAACAUACAGGUCCCCGGGACGGGACAGAAUUAGACUGGUUUUUCUACCAUAAACAUACAGGUCCCCUGGACGUGACAGAAUUAGACUGGUUUUACUACCAUAAGCAUACAUGUCCCCAGGGCGUGACUGAAUUAGACCGGUUUUACGACCAUAAACAUACAGGUCCCCGGGACGGGACAGAAUUAGCCUGGUUUUUCUACCAUAAACAUACAGGUCCCUGGGACGUGACAGAAUUAGAUUGGUUUUACUACCAUAAACAUACAGGUCCCCGGGACGUGACAUAAUUAGACUGGUUUUACAGCCUUAAACAUACAGGUUCCCAGGACGUGACAGAAUUAGACUGGUUUUACGACCAUAAACAUACAGGUCCCUGGGACGUGACAGAAUUAGACUGGUUUUACUACCAUAAACAUACAGGUCCCCGGGACCUGACAUAAUUAGACUGUUUUUACUAUCAUAAACAUACAGGUCCCCGGGAGGUGAUAGAAUUAGACUGGUUUUACUAUCAUAAACAUACAGGUCCCCUGUGAUGGUUCCUCAUCUAACAAAUUUUACUUUAUUAUGGUUUGGUAGAUAGGUAUGUAGACUUCCGAGGGUAAAAGAUAAUUCAGCAAUAUUUACAACUUGUUAUUAGGAAUUUUAUAGGGUAAAGUUUCUGACGUUACUGUUGAGUCUGGUGAAGACUGUUCGGUGUACUUCCCAACAGCUGUAUUUGUUUUUAUGAAAUAUGGUUUACUUCAAUCCUACUUGUAUCAAUUUCACCUGUGACUUCCGUAUUUGGAUUUCACCUAUGUUAAUCACCUGUUUUUCUUCACCUGUUUCUCCCCUUAUUUCUCCCCAGAGGUGUUUUUUCACAAGGGUCUGAUUUUGGGUUCGGGUAGAUAUAGACCAGUAACUGCAAGAAUGGUUAAAGCUUUAAUUUUCUGAAAAUUUAUGGAAAUCCAUGCAAUAAAGUCUGGGUUUGUUUAAAAAAGAUUGUUGACAAUCGUAGUGAUAUAUUCCCCGAUACAUCUACUUAUCUCCCCCUUGCUUCCCUCUCCUGGUUACCUCCCCUUGGUGCCAGCCCUAGUAUUGCCGCAAUUGUUCUAUCGUGACAAGUUAAAAUACUGUAGUAUGUUCGUACUAGUAAUCUAUGUAAACCAUUUUCUUGUGAUGUCCGCCAGAAAUUCCCAGACUGUAAGAUAUCCCCCAACAUUAUAAUGUAUUUACCAAAAAAUAUUUUAUUUGUAAAAUUACUGAUAUUCUGCCAUUUUGGUUUUCAUGUUUACAUGGAAGCUACCUGAUAGGAGGGUGUUACAGCCCCUCCUGCCCACUGUACAGUGUCCUGAGGAGUGACCAGUGGCGGUCUGGACACCCUGUUUGUUAUGUAAGUGUAGUCGGCCACUAUAUGCUACUGACCAAAGGAGAGUUUUGAUAGCUUCUUGCUUUAUUGAGGAGUCAUAAUAGUAAUAAGUUCAUUUUCAUUUGAUUUGCAUUUUUUUUUUGUUAUAUACAUGUGUUAAUAGCUGCAUUUGUUAAUCCUCAACCCGCUACAGUAAAUUUAUAUGAUCUAGUUAUAUCUCCAAAUCCUUCAUGUCUUUGAUUUUCCUUUUAUGUUAUAUCCUAGAGAAGUGACACAAACUACUAGGGUUGAAUAGCAAGCGAUUUCGGGGGUAAAACUCUGAGAAUAUUGUGGCUUGUUAAUCACCUCCCUAUCUAUGUAUCAGUAUAUAAAUAACUAUAUAUAUGCUCAAAGUCUUAUAGAGUGACCCAAAGAAAUGUAUAUAUGAUAGAUAUAUAUAUAUAUGAUUAUACUCGCUACAUAACAAAUGGUAUGUUAGAAUGAUUAUUUUUCUACAAUAAACUUCUAUGAUGUUAAUCAAAGUGAUGUUAUAUUGCUAACACCUGUACGGUUACCUGUCGGGUGUACCUCGACACAAACAAUAGCCUUCCCCACUCCCUCACUUUCUCCACAGCUCUUUCUCUUGCCUCAUCAUAGAUUUGAAAAAAUAUAUCUUUUUCAAAAUCCAAAAGCUUCUGUUUCAUAAAACAGUUCAACUUAGAUUGUUUUCCUGAACUGAAAUUUACCCACAGAAUGUAUUGCCUUACCUAAAGGGAAACCUCGACCCAGUAUGAUGUCGGUCAAUGAAAUUCAAAAAAUCGGUCAAAAUUUUAAACUGGAUUUUAUUCAAUUUUAAUGUAUUAACAGCAAUUUAAUUCAAUUUCAGAUUAAAUUAUAUUGCAUGUAUUAAAAAUAAGUUUUUGAAAUAAAUAGGCGAAAAUAGGUGAACUGUUUAUUGGUCAUGUUACAUUACAAAUAUCCAGAUACUAACUUAUAAUUGAAAUAUUCGAGGAGACGUUGGUGAAUACAGGAACAUGUCUUUUAAUAGAAGACGAAGAUGUCUAUAAAUAGAUUUGGGAAAUGUUUAUAAUAAAUGUAGGAAGAGGUCCAUAAUAGAAGACAGAUGUCUAUAAAUAGAUUAGGUCCUUUUAAGGGGUAUUGUUGAAGGGAUAUGUCUCUAUUAAUAGAAUUAAGGAGCUGUGGAGCGGUGAAUUUUCCUUGAUCUUUUCUACAACUUUUUUGUGAAUGUGCACUGUCUUUUUAACCCUCACAGAUACUAUGAUCAGUUUUUAUACAGAGAUUUUAUUUUAUUUUAAGAUUUUAAUCAUUUUUAAUGCAAGAGAAAUGACACAAAACUUUGUAUGGUGUGAAUCCGACGUAAUGACGUAAACACUUUGUACCAAUGCAUUUUGAUUUGAUCAAAUAAACAUAUUAAAAAUAAUGGUGGCUGUCACUUUUAGGUUGAGGAAAUGAUUGUAGUUGUUGUUUUCAUUUUCAUUUGAAUUGUUUUCAAUUUUAAUAAUAAAGGUUGUAUGUAAGUGACGUAAUUCAUUGUCACACUUCAAAAACUCGCCCGGUUAUAUGUGGACUAUAUCGUUAGAGGAUGUGAAUUUUUGUACGACCCUCUCCCUUUUAUGAGUACGGAGCCUCAAUGUGAGAACCUACUCGUCACCAUAGUGACACAACCAUUAAAUAUAAACCAGGAGUGCUAUAUUUAGAACUAUUUGCCAUUUUUUUGUGGUUUUGACGCGACUUUACAAAUUGUUAUUAUUGCAUGAUCUAGACCUAUUAAUGAAUAUAUGUAUUACAGCAAUGAUUUUUUUCUCUGGUAUUUACCAACAAACUCUGCUAUUUUCCGAUACUGUCUUUUUGACUUCAGCCCUUUCUGUGCUUAAUUUGUACAAGGUACACAAGAAAACUUUUUUCUCAUCUCUGUUUUUUGUGGAUUUUAAUCGUUGGUGGGACGACGUUCCCAGGUGUUUAAUUGUUGGUGGAACAGCGCCCCCUGGUGUCAAACGUCAUCAGCGUAAGACGUCGGACCACAGUUUUGGUGUAUCUAGUCCGAUUGAAAGGGAUGUAUCAGCGCAUUUAACUUUUUCCAUGUUAUAAGUAAUUACAGCUAUACACAGUUGAUUAUUAUUUUAUACUCUAGGUGCUUCAACACUGGAAUAAAAACAUUGUAUAUCAUU